AUGCAGGAAUUUGAACGCCUGUCCAUUAGAGAAGCGGCUAUCAAGGUAGGACUUUCAAAGUCAACAGCCGCACACAAGAUCAAAGAAUGGAACGAAAUGGCAAACGAUUCUGACCAAGGAGGUGUUCCUGGUACCAUCAGCCCCAAGGAACACAAGGGUCGAAGAUUGAUACUUAAGGACGUGCAUACUGUCUUUAGUUUUGAAAUGUUAGCCAAUGAACCAACCUUGACAGUCGAAGCUGUCACAGAUCAACUUUGCGAAAAUUUUAAGGAAAUUCAAAUUACCCCAAGAUCAGUAGCAACUCAUAUGAAAAAAAAAAGGAUGUCGUCUCACUUAUAA